AUGCAUGCAUACAGCUCUCACUUCUCUCCCCUCACCCACUCCUCUUCCUCCUCUCUCCCCCUCCUCUCCCUGCUCUCCCCCUCACCUCUCCCUCCAUUCCUUUUCUCUUCCCUCCCCUCUCCUCCACUCCUCCACUUCUCUCCCUCCUCUUUCGAACUACCUUCCCCCCUCACUCUCCCCGUUCCACCCGUCCCCCUCCUUUCUGCCCAGGCAGUGAAAGAGCUGGCAAUCAACGUUUGCAUGAUGUUUCUUGAGAUGGAGGAGGGGCUCUACUACGAGUAUCAUUGCCAGUUCCCAAAGGAAAAAGUUAAUCUGCAGCUCUUUCCUAAGCUCAGCUCCUUCCUACCCCGUCUGGCUGCUUGUAGUGGCCUUGUCUAG